AAAGUCUCCUGGUCCAAGACGCCUAACCCCAGGCGAGAUGGGCGUGCUGGGCCUGCUCCUGCUGUGGCUACAGCUCUGCGCGCUGACACGGGCCUCCUACAAACUCUGGGUCCCCAACACUGACUUCGACGACGCCGCCAACUGGAGCCAGAACCGAACCCCGUGCGCAGGCGCCGCCGUCCAGUUCCCCGCGGACAAGAUGGUGUCAGUUCUGGUGCGAGAAGGUCACAGCAUCUCGGACAUGCUCCUGCCGCUGGACGGGGAACUCGUCCUGGCCUCAGGAGCAGGAUUCAGCGCCAAGGACCCCAGCUCGAACUUGGACUGUAGCACAGGCGCCUCCGCGCUCUUCCUCGACCCGGACCGCUUCUCGUGGCACGACCCUCACCUGUGGCGCACCGGGGACGCGGCGCGUGGUCUCUUCUCUGUGGACGCCGAGCGCGUGCCCUGCCGCCACGAUGACGUCGUCUUCCCGUCCAACGCCUCCUUCCGGGUGGGCCUCGGCCCAGGAGUCGGCAACGUGAGGGUCUACAGCGUGCGGGCUCUGGGCCAGACAUUCACCCGCGACGAGGACCUGGCUGCUUUCCUGGCGUCUCGCGCCGGCCGCCUGCGCUUCCACGGGUUCGGCGCGCUGAGCGUGGGCCCAGAUGCCUGCGACGAUCCGUCGGGCUGCGUCUGUGGCAACGCCGAGGUGCUGCCGUGGAUCUGCGCGGCACUGCUCCAGCCCCUGGGCGGCCGCUGCCCCCAGGCCGCUUGCCAAGACGCCCUCCGGCCUGAAGGGCAGUGCUGCGACCUCUGUGGAGCCAUCGUGUCGCUGACCCAUGGCCCCACCUUUGACCUAGAGCGGUACCGGGCGCGGCUACUGCACACAUUCCUGGCCCUGCCCCAGUACCAGGGGCUGCAAAUGGCCGUGUCCAAGGUGCCACGCCAGCCCCGGCUCCGCGAGGGCGCAGGCGAGAAGUCGGACACGGACAUCCAGGUGGUGCUGGUGGAGACCGGGCCCGUGACGGGAGGCGCGGGGCGGCUGGCCCGGGCCCUUUUAGCGGACAUCGCGGAGCACGGCGAGGCUCUCGGGGUUCUGUCGGCAAUUGUCCGGGAGUCGGGCGCGUCCGUCGGAGGCGGCCCGGUGGCGGUGCUGUACGCGCCGGGGCUGGCAGGCGGCGUGGCCGCGCUGCUCCUAUUGCUACUGGCGCUGCUCGCGGGGGCGCUGUUGCUGCAACGCACCGGGAGGCUCAGGUGGAGGAGGCGCGGCGAGGCGGCUCCCGCGGCGUCUGGGGCGCCCCUGGGCUUCCACAACCCGGUGUUCUACAUGGACUCAGCGGAGGCGCUCCCGGCCCCGCAGCCGGACGUCAGGAGCUCCAGCCGCAGCUACUUCGUUAAUCCGCUGUUCGACGAAGCAGAGGCCGAGGCCUGAGCUGCGUAACCGGCCCGUCCCGCGGGCCUUGCGGGAUCCCCACCCCCUCCGCUCCCCCCCGCCUCCUCCGCUGGUCAAGGAUAGGGUGGCCUUGCCCAAUAAAGGGCUUUCCUGCACCUGUGUCAGCCCUGGACACACUAGCUACUCUUUUGCUCCUGCCUGGUGGGAGCUGGAGGGUCAGGUCGGAUGGUGAGGGGUGGUCCUCAGAGCCCCUGCCCACUGGCCCCUGGCCACCUGCCGACGGCGAUCUUGGAGACUACCUGUAGGGUGGGGCAGCCAGAGGCUUCUGGCCGGAACUAGGAGGGGCCUGUGCUGGAGGAGCCUGGCAAGCAAGGGGGGUACUGCAGCAGGAGUGGUGUGGAGAGGCAUAGCCGGGUGAGACACCAGCUGAGGGUGGAGAGGUGGCUGCUCCCCUACCUCUUGUAAAGCUGCUCAGGCCAGGCCGUGUGAGGCUUGGCCAGGGCCAGACAGGUGGACCUGGACUUCCACCAGACUGGGUAGUGUGGACUGCCUAGGGAGGUGUCCCAGGGACACAGUAGGUCUAUCCCCUCGGCUGGGGGCAGGGGAGAGCUGCCCUCACGCAGUGGUGGAGCUGGUCAGAGCGCUGGCAGGUGUGUCCUGCUGGGCUGGGUGGGGGGUGGGGAGGUGUCCAUCACUCCAAGGCUGGGCCUUGCCCUCCUGCUUCUGAGGAUGGCUCCCAUCUAGGUGUGGGCAUCAGGGCUGUGCAGCCCUGAGUGGGACACUCGGUAGGUAGGUAUGUGAUGGGGCAGGAGAGGGAUGGUGAACCACACUUGUGUGCGUAAAACUGUGCUGACAGGUGCCCAGCCUGAACUGUCAGGGAGGGACACUUCUGUGUAACCAGCACCUGGAAACAUCACCCCCUCCCAAGGGUAACCACUCUACCGGCUUCUAGCGUAGUGGAUUAGUUUACUGGUUUUUAAGCUCUCGACACUGGAAGCCGUGCUCUGGGGCCGGCAUCCUGCAUGCGGUUGCGGGUGUUGCCAUGUUACUCCUGGUGCUGUGUAGCCUUCUAUGGAGUGAAGGCCACCAUUCAUUCUGCUUCAACAGCUAGUGUUUCACUGAAAAGACGGCUGACCCUGGAGCACCUGCUUCAGACCUGACAGGUGCUCCCCUCACGGCAGGGCAGACAUCAAGUGGGAGCCCAGGGCAGGAGGGCAAGAACCAACCCCACCUCUGACCCUGAGGCCCGGCUGCCCACUGCCCCACAUGGCCGCUCAGCACUCGCCCAAUCGCGUUUGUUUUCCAGCUGCCAUGAUUUCACUCAAGUGUCCCUGAAAGGCUGUGCCUGUGCCUUGUGUGGUCCCCUUCCAGGGACAGGUGGGGGAUUGUGUCUGCACCUAAAGUUUGCUACAUUCCUCCCCCGGCUGUGACCACAGGCCCACAGUGAGAUGGGCUGGGGCACGCUGGGCACUGGCGUGGGCUGUUUUGGCCUCGGAACCAGCCUCAUCUGCCAGACGCUCGCUGGCUGCUCUCGGCACUUAGCGUGUCCUCAUGCCACCUCUUUGGCAGGUGCUGUCACUGCCCUCAUCUCACCAAGAACUUACUGGUGGGGCAGAGCAAACAAUGUAGCGUAGCCCACCACAGGCUGCUCCCUCCCAUGGGGGCCAGAGCCCCCAGGGUAGCCACCCCAUCCACUCAGCCCAGCCUCCCUGGGGGUGGCCAGCUUUACCCUAUCCCCCAGGGGCUACUGAGGGGCCAGUGUACGUCCCUCCAGCACAGCUUCCCUCAUGGGCCUCUCGGGGCUCAUGGGCGCAUCACCCCCUCCCAGCACUGGGACCCCAGGUGCAUCCCCUGCCUGGCAGCCGGCCCUAAUCCAUGGUCCUCAAGGGCUCCCACUGCCCUCGGGCUGAGCUCCCAACCCCCUGGCCAGGCUGCUACUGCCACCUGGGGGCCCCUCUCUCCAGUCAAGAGCCCACACCUGACCCUGCCUACCAUGGGGCAGGGCGUCUCCAGGAGGCCCCCACUGUGACAUCGGCAGACAGGUAAGAGGUCCAGGCUCCGGAGGUCACAUCCUGUCAUGUGGACACAGGCACUCUUAACCUUGACCCGCUGCCCUCCCCAAGCAAGGAUCAAGAAUGGCUUCCACAGGCAAGAUGGUUCCUUCACUGCCUUUUAGGGAGGGGCUCCCAGCAUAGGGCACUGGGGUGGGGGGUGGGGGAGCACAGACAUAGAGUGACAGGUGGUCAUGUUCAGCCAAACCACUGAGCACUUUAAAACUGCUGUCUUCUGCUUUAUUGACAGGUAAAUUGUUCAAAAAUGUUCUCACGAUUCAAUAAUUACAAAGACUCAGACUUACAUUAAAAAAGUAAAAACCAGAACCCCCAGCAGGUGCCAGCCCCAGCAGAAGGCCCGGGGGCAAGGGCGGGCAGGUGCUGGGUGCAUGACACGCACAGGCAGGCCUGGCACCCAUAUCACUCAGUGCCAGCUCAAGGCAAGUGCAUGUCUUUAACAGCGUCGCCAAGAACGGUGGCCAGUGGGAGAGCAGGGAGAAGCCUAUUCCAGGGCCGAGGACAAACUGUGUCUGUUGGCCAGUAAAUCACAAGCCUUUACAGGGACAGGCCACCACCUGACGACUCACACAAGCUGUGGGCAGGGCAGAGCAGGGCCGCUGCGCGGGAGUGUGGCGCUGAGUCUACACCACCCAGACGGCACUAGUCCUGGGGCUCCAUGCAGGGCUGGGGGUCCUGGCACCCGCUGCUGGGCUCCCGGGGCCCUGGCUGCUCAGCCCGCAGGCCUCGGGGCCGAGCUGCACCCCGGCGCUCACUGGUUUUAGGGCAGGAGGCAGAGCUGCAGAAGCGAGCGGGAAACAGCACAGCUGACUUCACAGUAGUAGUACUGGUGACACUUCAUGGUUAUGACCAGGACUGGACUGACACACACGAGGGACCCAGGGCAGGGCAGGCAUCACUCGAAAAGGGCCUCAGUCCGUGGCUACAAGGUUGGCAGAAGGGCUUCUGCAUCUGACUAUGUAAUGGCUAAAUGAACAGAAAGGCCACAAACUAACCUCCACUUUCCUCUGUGUUCAAAAUUCUAGUGACACAGGGAAUGGUAUACAGGUUCCUACUAUUCUCCUAAGGGCCUAGGAAACAGUUUCCAGAAACAGGGAGCAGACUUGUUACAGAGGCCAUGUCCCGAGCUGUCUGCUUCCUGAGCAGAGCGGUGCUGGGCCACCGGGUUCCUGCAGAGGAGGCUGGCCCCACGCGCCCCCUCAGCUGUCCUGGGCAGGAGAGGCGGUGUGGCGGUCCUUCAUGUGCAAACGGAACAGCGUGGCCUCACAGCUGUGCAGAUGAGGGGAUCUGGUCUACCGCCACAAACAAUGCGGCAUAAAACUGAUCAUUAUUAUAAUAAAGAAUUUUCAUCUCCGUA